GGGCGAACUCGGAAGAUGAAGAGUAUACGGGAGGGAGGUGCCGGUGAACAUGCAGAUUAUUGGGUGUUCUUAAAGUCCGGUGAAGAAUUUUUGGCUUAUAAGGUAGAUGAUUGGCACAAAUUCCUCCCUGCUAUCACUCAUAAAACCCUGGAUAUAGAUCAAGCGGAAGAGAAGUUUUUAGAACGUAACAAAGUUAUGAACCAGUUCGCCUUGAAGGCGCAAAUUAUGAGUCAACUCAAAGCGGGUGAGGAAGACGGAGAACAAUCAGAGAAACCAGCAAGGACAUUAAAAAUCAAAGACGGGUACAGCUCCUCCGACUCCGAUGGUUCGGAAGAUGAUCGGAAUGAUGAGGAGGGAGCUCAAAAGAAAAAGGAUAGUGUACUGAAAAAGAAAAAAGCGCAUGAAAAACCAAAAAAAGACAAGCGUCAAAGAGUGGAAAAUGGCGAUGAAGUGGCUCGUAAGUUCAGCACAUCUUCUGGUAUCGUUUGCUACGUUGGAAAACAAAAUUUGCAGCAUAUGAGUCUUCUGAUGGCGAAGAUGAAGGAAGGGAAUACGACUACAUGUCAGACAGUGGAUCUGAGUCAGAGUAAGUUCAUUUUCAGAUUUUUGAAGCUAUUUUUUGAAGUUCUAUUUGCGCUACAUUGGUGUCUUUUGCACCCGAUUAACCUUUUUUUUCUCACACGAUGA